ACUGGGGAACUGUGAAGUGAAAAGAGAAAACAGGAAUAAUCACAGGGAAUAAUCAAUCUAGAAAAAAUUAGAAAUAGGUUCAAUUUAUUCGUCAUUUACUAUGAUUAUUGUGUUUCUGUACAUAAUGUAAACAGUAACAAAGCGUUUUAAAUAUGGAUUCAGAAGAGUUGUUAAAAUUGUCGAAUAUUAUUAUAGAUCUGAAGAAAAAAGUGAAAUGUUCAGUAUGUUACGAUUAUGUACAAGAUGUAGUGGAAACCGAAUGUGGACAUUUGUUUUGUAGAGAAUGUUUUGGAAAACAAACUGUGCUUUGUCCAGUUUGUAAAGCUGUUAUAAGUCGACGUCGUUCGAUUUAUAAAGAUGAGUUUUUGAACUCUCUAAGCAGAUUUGUUAAUGAAACUUGUCAGCUAAUCAAAGAAAAAUAUACUUAUGAUGUGGAAGAGAUAGAAAAAGUUAAUAGCAAUCAACUUGAAAAGAUAAUUGAAACAGCCCCAAACAACAUUUAUAUAAUACCUUCAGAUGAUGAUAUCCCAAGAAAUAAGAAGGAACCUGUUGAAGAUGCAUUUGAUAAAUUGAUAUCAAAUAAAAGAAAAUGUUACACAAACAAAAACAAAUUAUCAACAAGAGAAGAAAUUUUAGAUUUUGAUAAUUGUGAAACAAGAUCGAAAGUUGUUAACUGGUUGAAAGAAAAUAAACAAAAACUUGACAUCUUAACACAAAAUAAAUCUGAGUUGAAAUCUAAUGAUCAUUUUGAAAUUCCUUCUGUUUCUCAAGUAGGUAGAAAGGUAGUGAAGAAUAACAGAUCAAAAGGAAGGACACAAUCGUUAUCAAUAGCUGAUGAGGCCGAAGAUAAAAUUUUAAGGAGAUACCAAAGUUUAAGCCAGAGUCUUGGUGACAUUGACAACUACAACAUUGAAGAAGUUCAAUCAGAAGAGUUAAUGAAGCAGGUUGAAAGAAAGGUAUUACAAGACAUGUUAGAGGAUCAGUGCUUAGUCAAUCUAGAAAAUAUAGCUAAGCAAACGGAGGUUGCUAAAAAUAUUUUCAACAAAGAUAAAAAAGCCCAAACUACAAAAAAUGUAUCACCCAAUUUUUCAAAUGCCGGUUCAGCUUCGGGGUGGGAUAGAAUUGGAAAUGUAAAAAAGUCAUUAAGAACCAUAAAAAAGGAGCCCAAAAAACUAAAAAUUGUUUUGCAGGAUAUUAACAGCAGUAUCAAAGAUAAUAAGGGAAAAAGACCACUGAGGAAAUCUACUGCUAAGAGUAAUGCUAAGAAUAGAAAAUGGCCUGUAGAAGAAAAAGAAAAUCCUAUACACAUAAUUGAAGGAAAUGCCAAACAAAAAGAUCAGAAGGAGCGGCAUACUCACAACAGAACAAAGUCUAACUCAAAUAAUAUAGACAAAUGUACUAAAGAAAAUAUGGUUAAUCACCAAAAAAGUCGUGCAAAACAGUGUCUUGUUAUUGAAGAUUGCAAUCAAGACAUAUCUGAACAAAAUGGAGAUAAAAAUGUGUGUAAUCUUGAAGAAGAUUUAAAUGAUGAUAUAUUUUCAAUGGCAACUCAAAAAACUAGCAAUGACAGUAAUAUAAUAGAUAACAUUUAUGUUGUUCCUGUAUCAAAGCAUAUGACUAAUAUAACAACCAUUGCUAUUGCAUUAUCUGAUAAUUUAGAUAAUUGUAUGAAGCAUGUUAAAAAUUUUGACGGUGAUUCACUGCUGCAUUGUUUUUCAAAUCUCAAAACCUACGUGGAUAAAAUACAACAAUUAAAAAUUGAACAAAAUAAUGAAAAAGCAGUCCAAACUUCACGUAUUGAUGGCGUUAUUAAAUGUGAUGCCUAUACACAGACUAAUAAAUUUAGUUACCUGAAUAAAACAGUGCAGACUCGAGUAGUUCAAAUGCACUCUAUGGGUCUACAAACAUCUUGUUCUUUAAAGCAUGUGGAAACUCAAACUGAAGAAAAUAAAACAAAUGAAGAUAUUGAUAAUUUGAUAAUAGGAAGUAGUGAAGAAAAAAUGGAUGUUGAGGAAUCUAUAAAACCUAUCGACAAUAACAUGGAAGAAUUUACAACUGUAAACACAUCCAAAUCUAAUAAUGUAAAUGUUACUAACGAGGCGAAUAUGGCCUAUAAUAGUCCAAAAACGUUUUCAAAAAUUGACUCAAGCCAACACCAGCACAGUUUGAAUUCACUUUUGGUUUGCACAUUGAAUUCCGCAAAGUCUAAAAAAUCACAAAGACAAGUUAACAAAAAGCUAUUCGAAGACAUGAGUUCCUCCAGGAAAUUUAAAAGAAUUCGUGAAGUAAAUCCGGAUAGUGACUCCGAUGACGGCACAAAUCCAAGCAAAAGGAAAUUUGUUAAGGAUGAUUUAACUGUCGAAUUUUUAGACACGGAAAAUGUAAAAGAAAGCGACGAUUUGGUGACAGAGGACGAUGAUAACAUUGACUAUGAUAAAUAUUUAAAGGAAGUAAUGGAAAAAUAUGGGUCACCAACCAAAAAUAUUAAGACCUGUGCUGCUAAAACACCUGAAAAGCAACCGGAAAAUUGCACGAAGAGCGCAUUACAAAAAUCGCAGAAAAGAAAAAUUGACACGCAACAAUUUAGCAGCGGAAAUGGAAUUUUUACAGGAAAUACACAGUUCGAAGAAAAUAUGGAUAAAAUUGAGAAAGAAAUUCACCAGUAUGAAGAACUACAAAAAUCAGUUAAUACGGAAAGCGAUCUAAUACUUGGAACGCCGACUGUUUUACAUGAUUCUAAGAAACUCAAACUUUUAAAUUUUAAAUCGAAAGGAACUAAAGCAGUAUCAGAGGAGGCAAUUGAAACCACCAGUACUGGAUGUGUGUUAAGUAAAAAAUCGGCCGGUGACAAAAAAGUACUGAACACAAAACGUUCACAGCAUGGAACAUCCACCCAGGAUGCGCUUAACAUUUUGGAGGAGUUGAAAAAUGAUGAUUCUUUUUUUGAUGAAAACGAGGAAAACAACUUACAAAGUGAAGUGACUAUCAAAAAUCGUGGUAGUUUGAAGACUGGAAUAGAGUCACAUACUAAAAGUGGCAAAAUGAGUGCUACAUCUCAUGACAUAGACGAGAUUCUUGCUGAUCUAGAACGCGACGACGACAAGGAAGUAGAAGCUGAGUUGGAAAACAUAAGUUUCACUGCUGAGGCCAGAAAAUUAGAAAAACGGGAACAAAACGGCGAUAAGAUCUCUAUUUUACAAGAUAUAAAAAUACAGGACAAAGUAAAAAAUAAAACUGAACAAAUAGGGAUAGAUAUUAUCGAUAGCAGUGGUGAAAGCGAUGACGAUAUAUGCGAAACAACGCCGCAGAAAGAGAAAAAGAGGCCUUCUUUUAAUAGAUCAAGCAAUGUGGACGAGAUAAUUCAAAUUAACGAUACUACGAUUGAACCUCUUGACAUCUGUUUGCCACCACCUCCAGGGUUUGAAGAUGACGGUCGCUCUAAAUCGACUUCGCCUUCUCAACGGGAAUUUGCCGUGGAUGCUUCAUUAACACCAGAUCAGCUCUUUCUAGAAGAUCAAAUCACAGCACAGCUAGAUGAAAUACAACCAAGCGGCAUAAUCAAAUCUGGCAAACAUAAAAAUAAACUACUCUCGCAAGAAAUAAAGGAAAAAUUUGGAAAUUUAGCCGCAGAAAUUAUUGAUGAUGAAAUGUUUUCCCCCAUUGCAAAACCAACCAUGAAUAUAAGAAAUGUUAGGUUGAGUUCUAACACACCUUUAGUAAACACACCUUUAGUAAACACACCUAGAUUGACCAACAAAAAACCCAGCAUACUCACUUCCACCCCAAACCAAAAAAGCAUUCUGAACUAUCUCAAACAAACUGAAUCGAAAUCUCCAACUAAAAAAUCGAAGCCGUGCAUUAUGUUCUCUCGCAUCCAAAACAAGGAAUUGAAAAAUGUUUUCAAACAGCUGGAAAUGAGGAAGAUGAUUUCUGUUAGCGGUUCGUUCCAGUCGCAAGUGACGCAUUUAAUUGUAGCCGUCGACGAAAUGGGCAGAUUGAAGGGUCACACUGCCAAGUUUCUAUUGGCCGUGGCUGCGGGAAUAUGGGUGGUGAGAUACGAUUGGGCCAUAGAGUGUUUGAAGGCGAAUAAAAUCGUUCCAGAGGAUCCAUAUGAAGCAUUAGACGUAUCGGGAAUUCCAGGUCCCCAGAAAUCAAGAUUGACAAGAAACUCAAAUCCACUAUUUCAAGAAUACUCGUUUUUCAAUGCUCCACCCUUUACAACACUGUCGGUUAAAGAUGUUGAGGACGUAGUUCGAAUGUUAGAUGGUGAAAUCGUUGACAAAUUAGAGGAUCUAACUAAUGACAAUGGUAGAAUAAAGUUAAUUAUAACUGAUUCAUCUGCUACAGAAGAAGUUGAAAAAUUUGAUGAUUGGUUAGAUAACUUCAAAACAGCCACAGUCGACAUCGAGUGGUUCAUCAAAUGCGUGGCAGAAUACCAAAUAAUUAGUUUUCGGCCUUUUUUGAUGUGUUCUGAUGAAAAAAUUUUUGAUCUAAAUUAUCCACAGGCCUUGACCCAAUCUGUGCCAUUUAGUUUUACAGAAACCUGUGGUGAGACCAUGUAACUUUUCGUUUUUUUUGUCUUUAUGUUUUUGUUAUUUUCUUUACGUUCGUCUUUUAUAUAUUUUUACAAUAAAUAUAUACGCAUAGUCUAUUAUAAAUGUUUGUUGCCAUCUUUAAAUAUAUUUUUAUAGUUUUG